AUGGCGAGGAGGAGCCGCCACCGCCUCCUCCUGCUGCUGCUGCACUACCUGGUGGUCGCCCUGGACUAUCAUAAGGCCUAUGGAUUCUCUGCCUCAAAAGAUAAUCAAGUAGUCACAGCAAUAGAGUAUCAAGAGGUUAUUUUAGCCUGUAAAUAUCCCAAGAAGACCAUUUCCUCCAGAUUGGAGUGGAAGAAACUGGGGCACGGUGUCUCCUUUGUCUACUAUCAACAGGCUCUUCAAGGAGAUUUUAAAGAUCGAGCUGAGAUGAUAGAUUUCAGCAUACGGAUCAAAAAUGUUACGAGAAAUGAUGCCGGGAAAUAUCGUUAUGAAGUUAGUGCCCCAUCUGAACAAGGUCAAAACCUGGAAGAGGAUACACUCACUCUAGAAGUAUUAGUGGCUCCGGCAGUUCCAUCAUGUGAAGUACCCAGUUCUGCACUGCGUGGAACUGUGGUGGAGUUGCGAUGUCAGGACAAAGAAGGCAACCCGGCUCCUGAAUACACGUGGUUUAAGGAUGGCAUCCGUUUGCUAGAGAAUCCAAGACUUGGCUCCCCAAGUGCCAACAGCUCAUACACAAUGAAUACAAAAUCUGGAACUCUGCAAUUUAAUACUGUUUCAAAACUGGACAGUGGAGAAUAUUCCUGCGAAGUCCGUAAUUCUGCUGGACAUCGCAGGUGUCCUGGGAAACGAAUGCAAGUAGAUGAUCUCGACAUAAGUGGCAUCAUAGCAGCUGUAGUAGUUGUGGCCUUAGUGAUUUCUGUCUGUGGCCUUGGUGUGUGCUAUGCUCAGAGGAAAGGCUACUUUUCUAAAGAAACCUCCUUCCAGAAGAGUAGUUCUGCAUCUAAAGCCACUGCAAUGAGUGAAAAUGAUUUCAAACACACAAAAUCCUUAAAAGAAGUCCACCUUUGCGAUGCACCAAAACCACAGUUGUUGCACUAUUAA